AUGGACUCAGACAGCAGUAGGUCCUCUCUGGCCAGCGAGUCUCCUUUCAUAGCCACAGAAGAUGGUCUGCAUAUACCCCUCUUAAUAUGCUCUGGUAUUGAUGAAAGUCAACAUUUCAAAGCAUACGCUGUUCUUUCUCAAUAUCCAUUGCUCCACAGAGUAGGGGCUUAUCCUAGAAGAAAGCCUUCUCAGUUCAGUUCUGAGAGUCACCUGGCACUGAUGUGCUCCAUCUCCUCUGGCAUUCUUACUACCGGUACCCGCUACUGGCUGCUCAUCCAAGCCCUCAAGUUUCAGGUGCUUUUCUCAGAUAUGCUAUCUGUGGUUUUCAACAAAUUCAUGUUGGCUAUGUUGGGGUCUGUGGAUGUAUUGUCAGAAACUGCCCUUGUGACUUUCUCCUUCUUUCCCACAGACAGAAACGUGUCAGCACCGCGCGAGGAGGCGCUGCCCCCGCGGCCGCCCAGCGAGCCCAGCGCGCCCCCAGGCACCUGCGGCCCCAGAUACAGCAACCUGACCAAAGCCGCCCCCGCCGCCGGCUCUCGGCCGGUCUGUGGCGGCGUCCCACAGCCCACGGGGCUGGACGCAGCUUGCACCAAAUUGCAAUUUUUGCAGAGACUUUUCGAACCGACUACCCCGGCCCCCACUCUGCGGACCCCUGACUCCCCUUCCCGUGCCGCGGCCGAGUUCCCUUCCGCCAAAAAUAACUUUCUCAAAGGCCACUUUCGGAACUUCACUCUCUCCUUUUGCGACACCUACAGGGUCUGGGACUUGCUGCUGGGCAUGGACCGCCCCGGCAGCCUGGACUGUAGCCUGGACACCCUGCUGGGGGACCUGCUGGCCGUGGUGGCCAGCCCGGGCUCCGGGGCCUGGGAGGCGUGUAGCAACUGUAUCGAGCCGUACCAGCGGCUGGACCGACACGCUCAGGAAAAAUAUGACGAGUUCGACCUCGUGCUGCAUAAAUACUUACAGGCGGAAGAGUACUCAAUCCGGUCCUGCACGAAAGGCCAGGCUGUCUACAAGGCCUGGCUGUGCUCAGAAUACUUCAGCGUGACCCAGCAGGAAUGCCAGCGCUGGGUGCCCUGCAAGCAAUGCUGCCUGGAGGUGCAGACCCGGUGCCCCUUUAUACUCCCCGACAACGAGGAAAUGGUGUACGGAGGGCUCCCUGGCUUUAUCUGUACAGGGUUGCUGGAUACUUCACCAAAGCGUCCGGAAACCAAGUGCUGUGACUUGCAGUGGGUCUCCUGUGAGGCGAAGAAGAAGAAGUUCAAGGAGUCUGAGGCCCCCAAAACCCACCACCAGCAAUGCCACCACUCCUAUUUCCACCACUACCACCAACAGUACCAUCACUACCACCCCCGUCAUGAUCCCCCAGGCCGCGUCAACAACAAGACCGCCCUGCUGCCGGUCUCUGGGGGCUCCCGCCUCAGCCCUAGCAGUAUCCGGCUCUGCGUCCUUGUUCUCACGCUCCUCCAUACCGUGGUGUCCUUCUCUAGCAACCAGGGUGGUGGGGGAUUGGGGCUGGAGACACUGCCUGCCCUAGAGGAGGGCCUGGCACGGGAAGAGUGA